GUCCAAAACUUGUUCAUAUCUCGGCUUUUGUUUGCUUUGGUCUUGCCUCAAAACGUUAGUUUUGCAAACCAAAAGCCAGAUUUUUUGCUCGCUCUGACCACCACGAGGCCAGAUUGCAGGACGAAAAGACUGGUAGUCCGGGUUUCUGCUUGCUCUUUGCAGCAAACCGCAAUUGUGUUUUUUUUUGCACUUGACGUUGAGCUGCCUGCCUGUUCAGGAAUUUUGGCGCUUCCUCGGGGACCAUGACAAAGAGAGUCGUACGGGCUUUGUAUGAUUAUACCGGGGCGGAAGAGUCCAGCUUGACUUUUCGAAAGGGCAAUGUCAUUCAGGUGCUGACGCAACUAGAAAGCGGGUGGUGGGAUGGACUAUGCAACGGUGAAAGAGGAUGGUUCCCGUCAAACUAUGUGAGCGACAUGGAAACUUUGACUGACGCACCACCCGCCGAGCAAAUGAAGGUUUGAUACCUUUUGCCUCGCUGUUUCUUUCCGUAUGCCUAAUGUGUCCUUGAGCAUGGAACCUAGAGAACGUGAGGACGAAAAGAUUGCCCGCCUUCUUCAAGAAUCCGGGUUUCUUUGAAGACCACAAUGCCACUAUAAAGGCGAUGUGGGUACUUUUCCGUCAUGCAGCAUGUAGAUUGUGAGCAGUAGUGACGUUCGUGUGCAUCCGAAUGCCAUGGACGCUGGGAUUUAUUUUUUGUAGUUUAGUCUAUUUUUUUGUGUUGGCAUUUUGGGACCAUUUUUUUUUUUUUCAGUUGUUUUAGAUUUAGUCUUGCAUAUUUCGUAUUGAUUUUGGCACUAGCACACAUUGGAGAAUAGGCACGGACUCUUUUUCUUUUUGUUGUUUCUCUGAGUAGAUGUACAUAGUACUGAGAACUAGUCUCCGUAUAGAAUGUUUUUGUUGAUUUGCACGAUCAGACUUUUGCGUUACUUGUUGCUUUUUCUACAGUUUCAUUGAGC